UAAUUAUUUUACUUUGUUUUUUUUUUUCUUGAGAAAUCAAUGUUGUUGCCAUAGUAGUUGAUUUUGUUUUUCAUGCUACUCGACAAAGGUGAAACCUUGAAUGAGUAAUUACCACCUUUUUCAAACGACAGCAGCUGAUUUUUUCGUACGACAGAAAAUCAUUUUUCUAAUAAAGAAUUCAAUUGGAUUCGUUAUUGCGUUGUAUCGUUCACGUUACAUAGGUCCAACAAAGAAUCAAAAACCCCUCAAGGCACUCAAUAUUAGAUUACCAGCGACUACCCCUUCAUCGACGCAGCCAUCAUAUCGAAUUGCUUCUCUUCUAUGUUCCAUUUUUAACGUUGCCAGGGCUCAACGAUGGAGGGAGGCGAAGAAAUAUCGGUUUAACAAGUGCUGGCCUAUAAAAGAAGACGCUGAACAGAGAACUGAAGGCUUCUUCUGACUAGCCUGUUGUGUGAAGGCGGCACUGAGAAUCGGAAUCAUGAAGCUUACCUGGCUAAUGGCUGUUGCUUGUCACACCUAUAAACCGAUACUAUGGUUAUUGUAUCUAACCAAAGCAACAGCUGUAGAAGACAGAUUUCAGAAGAGAUAUCACCUCCUUGUCGUCGUUAACCAGUUCCCCUUAUCGGCGAGUUUCCGCAGGAAUGCAACUGGCCACAUCCAAAGCAUAGAAGGUGUUUCUCUUCUCAUCCUUGAUUGGAUCGCAGACCGUUAUAAAUUCGAUUAUUCGCUCGUGGCGGGCAACACGACUACUAUUGAAGAUGUAGGAUCCAAACCUGGACAUAUAACCAACAUGCAGAAACUAAAAGCUGACGUGAUGAUUGCUGUCAUGGGCCUUUCACCUGGACGAUUGGUUAAGGUGGAGUAUGUUCACCCAUGGAUAUUUUCCCCGGGCGCAUUUCUCAUCCCAAUGCCUGAAGGUUGGCAAAACAACGUGGAUGCAGUAAUCAAACCUUUCCAGCCCUUGGUUUGGUUAGGCUUGGUUAUAGCUGCCAUUUCUAUCACAGUAGCUCUCUUGGGCUACAAUUAUCUAGCAGAAAAGAAGAAUAAAUUAAUUGACAACAGAGAAAAAUCAGGUCCCCUGCAGAUUGUUGUUGUGACACAAGAUCUAAUUAUGUACAUCAUUGGCACAUUACUGAAUCAAGGUGGAUACAUACCAUGUAAGAUAACAAAAAUUCGAUUACUUGUGGGAGCUUGGUGUUUACUUACCUUAGUUCUUGUCAACGUCUACAACGGAAUUCUCAUCUCCUUUGUAACGACAAUACGUCCCACACCUCCAAUUAUAGACUCUGAGACAGAUGUCGGCUAUGAUCCAAAUGUCUACCUUGUUGUCAAUAGAGGACUUGCCGGAGAUGUGUGGUUUUCGACAGCAGAGAGAGGAUUGUAUAAGGUAUUUGGGGAUAAACUGAGAGCCUAUGACAAAUCCAAGUGCAAUUCCACUGCCAUCUGUGUUGAAAUGGUGAAAUCUUUACCACAUCAGCACGUAUAUUUCAACUCUCUGCAUAGUGUUCAAGAAAUCAUAAAGCAGGAUUAUCAGCAAACAAAGGAGUGCAAAUUAACUAUGCUCGCGAACACAGUAAGUCAUCCCGCCUCCUGGGGUGUAGCAAAGAAAAGUCCACAUUUGGAGAAUUUCAACCGAGGGACAUUGAGACUUCAUGAAAUCGGCCUGGUUUUUCUUUGGGAGGGAUGGUUCACGCCAGACACCAGGCCUUGUUGGACGCGAAAGCAAAACAGCAGACGUAACAAAAACGAGAAGAAACCACUUGUUCGUUUAUCUUUGGAUAACUUGAUGGGAGCAUUUGCUCUGUUGAUCGUGGGAAGCAUAAUAUCCCUUUUCGUAUUUAUCAUGGAAAACAUGUUUUCUAGGUGGUAGAGUGAGUUUAUGUCUGUCCCGUAAGCAACUUUCACAGAUAUCUCCUGCUUGUUCACUACGAAAUAAGCCAAGAUCUUUGCGUUAAAGCACGUUCAAGAUAUCUCAUCAGCACCUGAUUCGACAAAUUGAAUCAAUAACAGCUCUGAAAACACGGUGAAAAUAGUUAAAUUCUAGCCCAAUAUAUUUCGCAUGUCAAUUGCAUAAAAUGUGUUGUAUCUUCAGUGUUGUCUUUCACAAUUAUUUGGUUGGAUAUAUUCCAAUUUGGCAUAUGUGUAUGUAUCUUUGCAUUUUGAAAUUUGUCGCAAUUGCUGUCCUUUGUGGUAAUUAAAAUAAAAAAUUUAAAAACAUUAAA